UUCCGCAGCGCGACGCCCAACGCGCGCGGCCAGUACAGCGACGCGGUGCUGAGCGAGCUCGAGAGCCAGAACGACGAGCAGAUGGAGGGAAUGAGCGCCAAGGUGCGCAUGCUCAAGGAUAUCACCCUCGCCAUCGGCGACGAGAUCCGCGACUCGACCGCCUUUGCCGAGAAGAUGAACGACUCGUUCGACAGCACGCGCGUGCGCCUGCGCGGCACCAUGAACCGCAUGCUGCGCAUGGCCGAGCGCACCGGCGUCGGCUGGAAGGUGUGGCUGGCCUUUUUCGCCGCCGUCGUCGUGCUUUUCUGGUACGUCUGGCUGUUCUAG